AUGACCAAAAGGUCUACAUCUACUGGAGGAGUUACAACAAAUGGACUCAAGUUUUCUGAAAAUGGGACUCCAGAUUCCAAUGGGAAACUGCAGGAUGAAGAUGACAGGAAGGUAGGAUUGGGGAAGAAGGUUACCCUGCUUCGAGGGAUUUCUAUCAUCGUCGGAACCAUCAUCGGGGCCGGGAUCUUCAUCUCUCCAAAGGGUAUCCUGAAAUACUCUGGCAGUAUAGGAAUGUCCCUAAUCGUGUGGAUUGGCUGUGGUGUGCUGUCACUUUUUGGAGCCCUGUCCUAUGCUGAGCUGGGGACUUGUAUUAAGAAGUCUGGUGGACAUUACACAUACAUAAUGGAAAUCUUUGGACCUCAGAUGGCUUUCAUAAGGCUGUGGGUGGAUCUUAUUGCAAUAAGGCCUGCAGGGAUGGCAGUCAUCUCUCUUGCCUUUGGUCAGUACAUCCUGGAGCCUCUGUUCAUGCCCUGUGCUAUCCCCCCUGUAGCUGUCAAACUGGCCACUGCAAUCGGCAUAACGUCUGUCAUGUACCUAAACAGUAUGAGUGUGACCUGGUCAGCCAGGAUCCAGAUCUUCCUCACCUUUAGCAAGCUGCUUGCCAUCGCCAUCAUCAUAGUGCCAGGAUUGUAUCAGCUAUUUAAAGGGGAGACCAAGAACUUUGAGAAUGCCUUUCAGUUUGACAACAUGAAGCUGUCUGGAAUGCCACUGGCAUUCUACUCUGGGAUGUAUGCAUACGCUGGGUGGUUCUAUCUGAACUUUGUGACAGAAGAACUCGAGCAACCUGAGAAGACUCUUCCGUUAGCUAUCUGUAUCUCCAUGUUCAUUGUGACCUCCUGCUAUGUGCUCACCAAUGUGGCCUACUACACAGUGAUGUCAGCAGAGGAGAUACUGGCGUCUGAUGCUGUUGCUGUGGCAUUCGCAGAGAAGUUGCUGGGGAAAUUCUCAAUAGCUGUUCCGGUGUUUGUGGCUCUGUCCUGCUAUGGCUCUAUGAAUGGCUGCAUCUUUGCCUUGUCAAGAAUGUUCUAUGUGGCAUCACGUGAAGGACAACUCCCCGAGGUUUUGUCAAUGAUCCACGUCCGCAGACACACUCCCCUGACUGCUGUUCUUAUAAUGUACCCUAUGACCAUGCUCCAGCUGUUUGUGGGGGACAUCUACAGCCUGCUGAACUUCAUGAGCUUCCUGCGGUGGCUGUUCAUUGGUGUGGUGGUGCUGGGUUUGAUCUACCUCAGGUAUAAGAAACCUGACCUCCCUCGCCCCUUUAAGGUCCCGAUCUUCAUUCCAGUGGUAUUCUGCCUUGCAAGUUUCUUCAUGGUCUUUCUGUCUCUGUACUCGGACCCAGUAAACACAGGGAUUGGAUUUGCCAUUUCCCUCACUGGCAUCCCAGCAUACUACAUCUUCAUUUACUUCGAUCAGAGACCAAAGUGGCUUCAGAGGGCAUUAGAUUCCUUCAACAGAAGCUUGCAGAUCAUCCUGGAAGUUGCCCCUGUUGAGGAAUAA